GUCUUAACAUUUGCUAAGUCAUAAACCACCUUCAAGAUGGAUUCUUUUGCAACAUUCUCGCUAGCAAAAACUCAAAUGCUGAUAGGCAUUUCUUUCGCCAUAGUAAGUCGUUUGUGCCUUUUGUAAAAGCAAAGAACCCCCCGUCGCUAAUCUAUUUCUUCAGAGCCUCAUAUACUUCAUCGCACGCUCCAUAUACAACAUCUUUUUCCAUCCCCUUGCCAAAUAUCCCGGCCCAAUACUAUGGAAGAUCUCCGCCCUUCCCCUUACUUACUACUCAGUAAAGGGAACAAUCCCAUACCGAACACAUGAGAUACACGAAAAGUACGGACCGACCGUUCGAUUAGCCCCCAAUGAACUCUCCUAUAUCUUGGAAGAUGCUUGGGCGGAUAUAUACGAACGAAAAUCAGGCUCUCGAACCUCGGAAAUGGAUAGGGAUGAAAAUCUAGUUCUUGAUCCUCCUGGAGCAAGAACAGAGGAUCUUAAAUUGUGGUCAACCGAUCAUGCUGCACAUACACGAGUUAGGCAUGUCACUUCUUUCGAAUGGUCCAAGAUACUGAUAGCUGACGAUAUCAACUUUAGACGAAAUCUAAACCCGGGGUUUUCUGAUAAGGCUCUUAAAGAACAGGAACCGACACUGAAGAAAUACGUUGAUCUUUUGAUGCAGAGGCUUCAUGAGAAUUGUCAUCAACCACUUGAUAUGGUGAAAUGGUUUAACCUCAUCACGUUUGAUGUUGUAAGUACCCAUUGGCGGAUGUGUUAAGCGAGCGAAUAUCACUGCUCUUAAAAAGCUUUUGAAUGUCUAAGCUGACAGAAACAAACACAGAUAGGAGACUUGACAUUUGGAGAGUCUUUUGGCAGUCUUGAACAUGCGCGAACUCACGUGAGCUUGAGCCUUGAACUGGAAAUCGCCAUAAACUUAGACUACACCAACUUCCACUAA